UAUUGUUACGGGAAUAUUCUUGAAUUGUCGAUGAAAUCAUUAGCCUAAUAAUUGGCAUUACACAGAGAGCACAAGAGAGAAAGAGAAACUUUGAAAAAAAUUUCUCAGUUUUGUGGCAAAAACAAAAUAUAAUUUACUUGUAACAAGUUGAAAUGAGACCGCUAUUGUCCAAUUCGAUUUCAUUCAAAAAUCAUUCAUUUUUCAUAUUCUACCCGUUUCUGUGCAAAACCACUGUUGGCACAAAAAAAAAAAAAAAAAAUAAAGAAAAAACCCAAAACAUCUCUCGAAUGUUCUAUGCACUAGAAUAAAGAAAAUCGUAGAAUAAUCGUUGGAAGCAAAGUAUUUUAAAAUAAUUCCGCUUAUUAACUGCAGUUUAGUGAAAUUAAAAUCCACACAAUGGGAAAAGAUUUCUAUAAAAUUCUUGGCAUCAAUAAAACUGCCAAUGAUGAUGAAAUAAAGAAAGCCUAUCGCAAAUUGGCUUUGAAAUACCAUCCCGACAAGAAUAAGACACCACAGGCUGAGGAACGUUUUAAGGAAAUUGCAGAGGCUUAUGAGGUACUGUCGGACAAAAAGAAACGUGAUAUUUAUGAUCAGUAUGGUGAAGAAGGACUAAAGGGUGGUGUUCCCGGAGGUGCAGGCCAUGAAGGUGGUGGCACCUACACUUAUCAUGGCGAUCCAAGAGCUACAUUUGCCCAGUUCUUUGGCAAUGCUGAUCCCUUUGGUUUGUUCUUUGGUGGCGGUGAUCCCUCACGCAUUUUUGAAUCACAAAAUAUUUUCAUGGGUGACAAUGAUGACAUUUAUACACAAAUGUCUGGAGGCGGUGGUCCCGGAGGAGCAUUCCGUUCACAGUCCUUUAAUGUUCAACCUAAUCGCAAACGUCAAACCCAAGAUCCUCCCAUUGAACAUGAUUUGUACGUUUCCUUAGAGGAGGUGGAUAAGGGCUGUGUUAAGAAAAUGAAAAUAUCACGCAUGUCUUUGGCUACCGGACAGGCCCGCAAAGAAGAGAAGGUCUUAAAUAUAACUGUUAAACCUGGCUGGAAGGCUGGCACUAAAAUCACCUUCCAACAAGAGGGCGAUCAGACUCCCGGUAAAAUUCCUGCCGAUAUUAUUUUCAUCAUACGUGAUAAAGCUCAUCCAUUGUUUAAACGUGAAGGCAGUGAUUUGCGCUACAGUGCCCAAGUAAGUCUGAAACAGGCCUUAUGCGGCACCACAGUUUCCGUACCCACUCUACAGGGUGAUCGCAUAACCAUCAAUACACAAGGUGAAAUCAUUAAACCCACCACCGUAAAACGUAUUAGUGGUCGGGGGUUGCCUUUCCCUAAGGAACCAUCACGUCGUGGUGAUCUGAUGGUGUCGUUUGAUAUCAAAUUCCCCGAUUCAAUACAGCCGGGUACAAAGGAGCUGCUCAGUGAGAUUUUACCCAACUAGAUAGUAGUAUAAAUAUGUAAUACAGUAGGCUAGUGUAAUAAGUAGGGGAACUGCGUUCAAAUUGCUGGGCGGGAUGUAUUUAUUAUUAUGUAAUAUUUAAUAUUAUUACAAUUUUUAUUAUAAGCGUUACAUUUAAGUCCUAUAAAAACAACAAGAAGUGUUAGGCUAACAACAACUACUUCCAAUUACUAACACACCACAAGCUUGCAGUAACAAUUGAAUUAGGCUGCCGGCGACGUGGUGUCGAGUACAGAAAAAAACAGAUCUGGAAAUGUGAAAAAAAGAAAAUACUUGUAGGAAACUUUAAAUGAAUUAUUUUGUCCAUAUAAUAACAUUUUUUUCUAAAUUCAUUUGUUAAAUGUCUUAUAACACUUGUUUUGUAAUCUAUAAAACCCUUCCUAUGUUACAGAAAUCAGGAAAUCAUUGUAUAUCCUUAUUUCUGUAGCAAGCCCUAAAGGGCUUUCUUUAGGAUAACAAAUACAUAAACAUCUAAAUUCAUUCCAUAUGUAGGAAUCCGAAAAGAAAACUUGCCCGAACAUGUGAUCCCUUAUUAGUUACAAAACAAGCAAGACAACUUCUUUAUUUUUGUUAUUUAUUUUGUAAAUGUUUUUCUCUUCUAAUUGCAAUAUGCGACAAAAUUCAUUCAUUAUUACUUUGGCAACAACAAAUUUUAAUUUUGUUUUAAA